AUGAAGAAAGAUAUAACUUUACUUCCUCAUCUCAACAUCAUUCUCGAAAAUUUACUUUAUAAUAAGAAUGGAAGUGAAAAAGGAGAUGAAAGUAGUUUUCAGAGACUUGUGGACGAGAUAGAUGCUGUAACAGAAGACAUGACUGUAAAUCAAGAAGUGGAACAGUUAGAUGAAAAUAGAAACAACCAAGUACGUUUAUCAACACCUACCUUCGGUAUUUCAGAUGUAACGGAUACACACAAAUUUGCAGUCCUCAAAGAGGAUACCUUACGGUCUUUUGAUUCAAUAAAUCGUUUAAAAGGGCAUGCUACCUCUGAAAUUGACAAUGUGGGGUCAGAAAAUAAAACAGAACCUAUCGGACAUGUAUCUGACGAACAACACUUUAAAGAUGAAGAUUCUACGUAUGAUGUUCAUAUGAAUAUAUUGAAAAAAGUAGACAGUGAUGCUGAAGAUGAAACAUUUAGAAAACAAGAGGAACUCACUAGGCUUAUCCCUGAAAUAAAGCAAAAUGAAGACCAGUGUACAGAUGUAGAAAGAACGUCUAAAAGAAAGUUUCGCCACAAGAAAAGAUUUCAUACUCGGAGUUCAACAAUUGACUCAGGUAUACUAUUCGCAUCGUUAGGCAGUGAAGAGACGACAGAGAACGGCAAUAAGAAUAAUUUACACUAUAUGGUAGAGGUUUAUCGGCCCUGGAUUAAGCAUCAGAUCAAUGUACUGGAUGUUUUAAAUCUACUUUCGCUAGAGAACGAUGACAUUGAUGUUGUUAAAAGCAAGGCUAAGUCGUGUCCUCCUGAUGCUGUAGAUUGCAUGCUCAACAUAAUGGCAAACUGCGAAAUUCCUGGAAUAUGGCAAAGAUUUAUUGAUGCGCUUGAAAGACUAGAGUAUAUUCAUCUGUCACAACUUUUAAAAAAUGAGACAGAAGUUCAUCACAGUCACAGCUCUGCAAUCCUUAAACUUGUCACAAAUGAUCUUGCACAGCGAAUAUGCUUUCCAGAGUUUUUGGAUAAAGUUUACGAACAGGAAUUAAUUACCUCGGCGGAACGCGAAGAGGCAGAUGCUGUUUUGGAGACGAAAGGUUCAGAAGCUGCCGCCAGAGUGAUAAUAAAUUAUGUCGAUAAACAUUUACCUAUGUGGGAUGUAUUAUUUGCUGAUAUACUUGAUCAGUCUUUUAUGCCGGACAUUGCAGAUUUGUUUAAAAUGAUUGAUCAACGACCAUCUCAGACACGUGGUAAAGCGAAUUUUGGUUCCUAAUUAUACAUUGUAAACAUUACAUUUGAAGGAGUUUCCCUA